AGUUAGUUAUGCACAGGGGCAGGCCUCCCCGAAUACGCUGAAUCGCGGGGCUGUGACGCGAAGUGACGCGGCUACGUCUUGUUCGAAAUCGAGCAAGAAAGACAACGACACACUGGAUGCGUAAAAAAAUAAGUUCUUGACGCGAAGAGAAACGAUCAAGUCGAGAGGAUCGACCGCCAAGACUCACUAUUUUAUUGCAAGUAAACAUGGAUCAACUAGAUGAUCAAGGGAAUAUAACCGAAAUCGAGAAUGGGACAUCUAUUGGUCAGCAUGGCCAAGGAGCUAGUGGUGUGAAUUCAUCACAAAAUUCCAUGCAGACGAUCCAAGUCUCCUCAGUCAUACAACCUAACCAACAAUCGGUUAUACAAACUGCCCAGUCUCCUAUCCACCAACUGCAGCCGCAAUCUUUAACUGCCCAAUUACAGCUAGCACAACAGAACGUCCAUAUCCCUGAUACUGGCGAGGAAACGACCAUCGACGAAGAUAGCAAGAAGCGAAGGGACAUUCUUUCCCGAAGGCCAUCUUACAGAAAAAUAUUUAAUGAUAUAUCAGGAUCUGACAGUCCAACAAAGAUAGAGACAAUCGCAGAGGACCCAGAAGGGGGUGAAGGGAUAACUGCAAUAAGCACCAACGCAAUCAGUUACCAAGCAGGAUCACAAACUGUUACUCUUCCUGGUACAAUCCAAAUAGUUACUACUGGUGGUGAGGCUGUGCAAGGUUUACAAGCCAUGCCGAUGACUGCAGCAAGUAAUCAGCCGGCAGUCGUACAAUAUCAGCAGCAACAGGAUGGUCAGCAAUAUAUCUACACAGCAACUCCUGGAGAAGUGCAGCAAUUUCUUCGAACUGGACAGCUGACACAAGGGAUUGUGCUCAACCAACCUGGAAUUGCCCCGAGUAACCAACAAAUAGCAGAAGAGGCAACCAGAAAAAGGGAAAUGAGACUCAUGAAAAAUAGGGAGGCUGCCAAAGAAUGUAGAAGAAAGAAAAAGGAAUAUGUUAAGUGUCUGGAGAACAGGGUUGCAGUGCUUGAAAACCAGAAUAAGACUCUUAUAGAAGAACUGAAAGCUCUAAAAGACCUUUAUUGCCAUAAGUCAGAGUAGGUCUGUCAUCAAGCAAUACCACUACUAGGAGAAGGUGCACACAAUUUUAUAAAGUGUUAAUCUAUUUAUGACAGCACUAUUCUGAAGUAAAUAAUUAUUGUAGGGUAACUGUACAUAACUUAAAAAUUUUUAUUAAAAUAAAACAAAGCUUUUUAUGUUUCUAAAACAGAUUGACUGUACAUUAUGCCAGUUACGGCUAGGCUCUCAAAAAUACUGUUGUAGUGUUUUCCUUUCAAGAAGUCAAGCCAAAUAUGCAGUUUGACUGUGGUGUUAGGUUAUUGCAUUCACCAAACCCAUACAACAAUGAGUUCAUUCUAGCCCACAAUGCAUUGCUUCGGCAUGACUUUUCAUUCCAUGAAAAAAGUUUAAUUGUGUACCUAUUUAUCCCUAAGAUUUAGUGAUUGCACUAGUCUAUAAAUGAAAUAUAACACAUCGUUUUAAAUCACAUCAGGCAGCAACUUUAGAAGUGUGCUGUGCUUUAUUGCUGGUGUGCUGUUUUCUCUGUAAAGCUGGAAUAAAUAUUAACUAAAUAAGGGUAAGCAAAAACAAUCUUUCUGGGACACCUCCUAGCCCAUCUUUAUUUGGUUACUAGUUUAAUGAUCUAUUAAAGCAUUUGUAAAAUGAGAAAUUAAAUUACUAAUCAAAAUGUUUAGCUACUUGCUGUGAGAACAUUUGGAGGUGCUGUAAAUUAAAGAAACAUAUCAAUUGUAA